AAUGACUCCAGAAAAGUGACCUCUAAGGGGACAGGGCUCUUGAAGGCCUUUGUGGGCCAGAAGAGUUCCUUCCUGGUGGACUGCAGCAAAGCGAGCUUCAACAUGCUGCUGCUCCGGGUCCAUGGGCCCACCAUCCCCUACGAGGAGGUCUCCAUGAAGCAUGUAGGCAACCAGCAAUACAACGUCACAUACAUCGUCAAGGAGAGGGGCGAUUACGUGCUGGCUGUGAAGUGGGGGAGGAACACAUCCCUGGCAGCCCUUUUCAUGUCACAGUGCCUUAAAACAGUUUUCUCAAAACAAACAAACAAACAAACAAAACGUAGCUCCUAG